AUGCCCCUCAUCAAGACCGAACCAGGCGUGAGGAUCAAGUCAGAGCACGAAGCUAGGUUCGACUUCUCCUCUAUUCCACGCCCACCCGUUUCCUCGGUAUAUGUCAAACAAGAGGAUUGCAAGUCCCCCUCUGUGCUUGUCAAACAGGAAGAUCGCAAGCCCGACUUCUUUCUAUCUCCCAACGAUGGCCCGUCGAGGAGACAUCGGAGAUUCCGUCAUGCCCGCAACUGCAUGGUUCAUAGGCUAAGAUAUGGCGAAACGAUACGCGCCCACUACAAUCACUCAGAGAGCACGGUGAUGUUUACUCUGAGUGAUGGAGCAGCCUCUGUCAUUGAUGACUUCCCCGAAGAGGGGCACCAAGCCGAGGAAAUGAUUCUUCAGCGUUUACAGAGGGCAAACUUCAACAUUCAACCCAUAGAGCCUUCGGGAUUCCUAUGCCGCGAGAUACAGCGCCAGCUAUCUGUUUGUCAGUCCAGCCCACCAAAGGUCAUUUCCACCGCAGUGCAACGGACAUUUGGGAACAAUCAUGCGCCUGAAGCUAUUGCAAAGCAAGAACAGACGAAAUCAGAAAGCAAGUCUCUUGCUUCAACGGUACAUGCGAAGCCUCCUCCUUUACCUGCAUCGUUCUUCGGCAGACCUCAACCCGCUACCCAUAUCCAGCAGGUCACGUUCAGUACUCCAGUACCUCAAAAGCCGUCCGAAAGCAUCUUUGAUAUCUCCCAGCCCAAAGAUCAGUCCAACAUUUUUUCUCAUCCCAUCCCGCCGAAACACAGAUCUUCUCCGUCCCUCAACUUCUCAUCCGACCUCACAUCGGGCCUCGCGGUAGGCUGUGGUAAUCAAAGUACGAGAAGCCCUCGCAGCAUGUUCAGUCAUUCUUUCUCGGCUACAGAGUCGCCUUUUCCAGGCAAGUCAGCCCUUUGGCCCACAGAAUCCUUCAAUGGCUUUUCUCUCUUCAAUCCCACUGCUGGCCCGGAUGUUUUCGCCUCCUCCUUUGCCGCCACUGUCAAGCCUUCACCGGAGGUAAUCGUUAUCGACUCCUCUCCCGAGUCAUCACCGGCAUAUCGCCCCCAGACAAAGAAGCGCGCUGCGGAAAAUCAGGCUCGCAGCGACUAG